GAUGACUCAGAGCAACCAACGCGGUAGAUCACAGACAUUGGUAGUGCCACCAAGAACCAUAAAUGUACAGAAAUUUGCUGAAUCUCGAGGACCGGAACUUGGGACGCUUCACUCUAUUAUCAAGAACCGUCUACACAAUGACUUCUCUUCUCAAAGAAGCAAGAGGAGAAGGACAACUGGUCAUGAUAACCGAUCAACAAAAAAUAAACAUAGAAAGAGGCAGAAGGUAGGAAACAAAGAUGUCGAUAAGACUGCCAGUUUGGGGAAUGAUAAGGCAGCUCCUCGCCGUGUUCGUAGGAGAACUGAACUCAGGAUGAACCCAAAUAGUGGUUUUUUGACUUCAGGAGAUGGGACAAAAAGACUUAGAACACAUGUAUGGCAUGCUAAGCGUUUCACAAUGACUAAACUUUGGGGUUUUCACCUUCCCCUUGGUCUUCAUGGCAGAGGAAGAGGUUCUAUGGCACUUUUGAAGAAACUUAAAGAUAGCGCACUUGUGCAUGACACAAGCUAUUUGACUAUUGUACAACUAGAGGGUCCGGAGGAUAUGGUGCUGUCAAUUUUAGAUAAAACAACUGUUCAUUCAUCAUCACAAAGUGAAAAUGCUUCUCAGGACAUACUCUCAGGUUUUAUUUGCGGUCAAGCCAUGCUUCAUCACUAUGGAGUACCCUUCUCUGCUGCCAUUGCUCCAAUUACCUACAUGUGGCAACCUCAGAAUUUUUGCUGUAUCAAUGCUAAGGCUACUGAAGACACAUAUGAGAAGCAAAAUGGAUUUGAUGACUUUGCUUCCUCUAGGCGGUUAUGGAUUUUCAUAAAUGCUUCAGCCUUCAGAGAAGGGUUUGAGGCUUUACAGCAUGCCUGUAAACGACAGUAUAGAUCACUACUGUUCUUAACCAUCCGAUGAAUGACAGCAAAUGCACUGUUAGUUGUAUCUCUCUUGAAGAUAGGCUUGCAAAUUUGGAUGUGAUUGGAUCUAGGGCACUUCAUGUCCUUAGAAAGACAUUACAUCCUGCUACCUGCAAUGCACCUAGGCGUGACAGUGAAAGUAAAUUCGUGAAAACUUUUGAGGAAGAUCAAAUUCCUCCCUUCGGAGUCAUUUCCAUCACUGUUGAUGAUCCACGCACUUUUACUGAGGGAGGUGUUGCUAAUUCUUCAGAUAUAAAUGCUGAAGGAGCACUAGCUUAUAAGACACAUGAAAUAAAAGGAAAUGCUUCUUCAGUGGAUAACUCUGAAAAGGAAAGUAAUUCACCUCCAUGUAAAUUUUCAGAGUUCAAAGAGAACUCCAAUUUAUCUGAGAAUAUGGAUUUGUGGCAUGUUUAUAAGGAUGUACAUCCUCCUGUAGAUGAAAGUCUUCUUUGCACAAAAAGACACAAUCAGCGUAUGGAGUUAUUUGGGCUUGAUAAUAGGAUUUCUGGGGCAUUCAAUACUCCAGACAAUGUACAGCACUCAAGAUGUCCUAUUUUGCUCAUAAAAAAUUACAGGCAGAAAUCUUUUAUGAGGUGGUCUAUUAUUCUCCCACUAAGUUGGGUUAAGGUCAUUUGGAUGAGUCUGAUCUCCAAUGGUGCUCAUGCAAUAGGCCUCAGAGAGAAGCAUUGGGUUGCUUGUGAAGCUGGAUUGCCAUACUUCCCAUUUGACUUCCCGGAUUGCAAUUCAUAUGCAUGUCUUAUGGAAAUGGACGAAGCUGCUGCUGAUGAGAGUGCAAGGAGAACUCCUCUUUCUUCGAGGCCCUUUAGAGUUCCAAUUCUAUCCCCUUGGAACAGUGUCCACCUUGCUCUUGACAAAAGAUCACCCACAGAAAGAAGUUUUCCACUGCAUUGUAAAGACCUGUGCACGAAAGAAUUCAAACAAAGGAGCUUUGAUGAUUUCACUGGCUGUGGAGAACAUCUUCAUGCUACUACCCCAUUUGAAGGGUUUAUAGCACGGACAUCUCACAUUUUAAGCCGGUUCUUAAACCAGAUCAAUGGAAGUCAUUUGCUUUUGUUUCCAAAAUUUUCCAAUGGGGAGAAGAACAUCUUCACGGUCAUUAAAGAUAAAAUGUGGAAUGAGCACUCAGAUAUGGUCAUCUCUCCUGUAAAUUAUGGACCAAAAUUAUGCUUUGUAAGAGUAUUGUUGCGUGCCUACAGAAAAGGUGUUUUUGAAGGAGGAGCAGUGGUUUGUGCACCUCAUGCAGAUGAAAUAUUGUUGUUGACUCAGAGAUCAGAAUGUUCUGAUGGGGAGCUUCAAAUCACCGAAUCCUCCGUGCGGUCAUACUUUGCGCGACAAGAUGAUGGGAAAUGGGAAUGUCAGAUACCAACUGAUCCUGUGACUGAAGACUCUUAUAGGCCUCCAAUUGGUUUUGUUACAACAGGCUCCAUUCUAGGAAGCAAAAAGCCUGUUGCAGUGGCAUUGUGUGAGGCAAUCAAUCUAGCUUGCCUAAGAGAGGAUCAAUGGAGGGUUGCAUCCCUCAAGAGGAGGAAGGAAAUCUAUGUGUUGGUUAGGAAUUUGAGGUCGACGACUUUUAGACUUGCAACGGCUAACAUAAUCCUGGAGCAAAGUGAAGAUGACGAUAUCGAUUACAUGUAAACAUUGUUUUUUCUUGGGGCCGAACUUUUUUGCUUCUUCUCAAUCAUAUUUCUGUGUCAUUUACUAUUGUCAUGAUUUGGCACAUUCAUUGCCUCCAUUAGGUUGAAUGACUAAUUGUGUGUGUUAAUUAUAAUUAUGAUACAGCUCCUAAUGACGCAAAACCUUCUUCUGAUAUCACAUCUACUCAGUUUGAAGAUGAAGGCCAUAAAGGAGUAAAACAAUGUUUCUGAAUAUGCUCAUGGCAUUGUUUUCAUUCUUAAUUUAUCUUUACAUUGGUAAGUUCAUUAUUAUCUUUAGAGGUUUUAAUGAAUGAACUAGUGGUGA